GCAAGUGAUCCAGAAUGUUUCCUUCAGCAAAACAUACGAACGUGUUGACUGAUUAACUAAACAUGCUAGAGCAGCAUGGGCUGGUUGAUGAAAGCUAUCAGCCUUUAUGAUGAAACCAGUGAAGCCGUCGCAUUUAGGCUCUGCAACUAAUUUUACUUUUAUUGCUCUUCUCUGCUGAGGGGUGUACUAUGACAUUCACUUUGAAAACUAAAGUGCAUUGUUGUACCUCGCAGGCUCAGUCAAAGCUGUCAACAUAUCGCUGCUCUUCUGUUUGCUGUUGCGAGCAUUCAGUCGCCGUCAUGUACCGACAUGCCUUGCAAGUGGAUGGCUCCAACACAAGGUCAGAACCGCCAGCCAUCAGUGCCACUUGCAGAAAUAACGUUCCGCAAGCUUGUGGUGAACAAGACUGUGCAAGCCAAGAGAAAGUGAAAACUUCCACCUGGCUUCCAGUCGAGAGAUCAGUCUGUACUUCAGAACUUCACAGAAAGGAUGGCUCAGUGCGCUCCACAUCUGUUGUGGAAUCGGUACAGUGCCAGCAAACCAGCUACCGUGCAAAACACCAGUGGCAUCACCGACAUUGUAGACCUCCACUCCAGGGAAUGCUUGGCAUUGUUUGCCAACUAUUGGGCACAGCAGGUGCGACUCACAGCUGCAGAGAGAGCGAAAAUUUGCACGAACACAGUCGGCCAGAGCAACAAUCCACUGCGGCAAGCUGAAAGGACUGGCCGCCUGACAGCCUCCAACUUUUACAGAAUACUGCGCUGCAUCAAACCCGAGGGACUUGUUAGAGACAUUUUGUAUCCACGCAAGAAAGAGAACCUUGGACCAAGCGACCCAAGGUUGUACGGUCUUAGAAAUGAAGCGGUAGCGGUAGAAAGUUAUCGUACAAUAAUGCGGCUGUACGAUAAAGACAUUGAGGUCUACGAAACGGGACUUCAUGUUCACGAAACCUACGCCUUUAUAGCGGCAUCACCAGACCGCUUGGUCAGAGAUGGAGCUGAGACAGGGCUCCUUGAGGUAAAGUGCCCUGCCUCGAAAGCUGGGCAGACCAUUACUGAGGCUUGCCAAGACAAAACAUUUUGUGCAAAACUCGUUGAUGGUUCUCCUACAUUAAAGAGAGACCACCCUUACUUCUUCCAAAUCCAGGGACAGCUAGCGGUCACCGGAAAGACGUGGUGCGAUUUUGUUGUUUGGACAAACAGAAGCGAGCUUCAUCUUAGUACGUUUGUGGAAAGGAUUUAUUUCGACGAAGAUGUGUGGUGCGAAAUACUGCAAGCUCUGAUAUACUUUUACAAAGCUGCCAUCAUUCCUGAGCUACUAACACGACGCAUAAGGCGGUUGGGUUUCCUCUAUACCACAGGGGCUGGGUAUGUGCCUUAUAAAAAGUAUGCGCAGGGUUUCUACAUCGCUGAGCCAUCAGAAGACCCAGUGACGUUAAUAAUAAGGAAACUGAAAUAAAGCAUGUUCCAAACAGAAGCAAGCAACAAGUGUCUGUGUUAACUACCGGUCGCAUUUGGCGACUUCACAUUGUUUAUAUAUAUGUGCUUUAACACUUUCGUGACCACGCGUAUUCCCAUUGAUAGCAUGCUAUCUAUGGUUGCAAAUUCGAAUUUUGGCGCUCUCCUAGCGCUUCUUGACAUCUACCGCCAUGUAAAGGGUUUAAGAGAAACUAUUUUAUCAGUUUCACUUGUGUUUUUCUACCGCGCAGGGAUUUUUAAAGCGCAUUUGUAGUAGGGGUGUCGAUCGCUCGUAGUUUCGAAGAUGGCAUCAACAUUACACACCGCUGUUCCACGAAAACAGUGAAUUUCAACGGAUUCCGAUGCAUCUGAGCUUGAA